AUGUCAUUGUUUUAUAAAAGAAAGCUUUCGGUUGCAAUUCAUGGAUCACAAGACACCUCAGUGACACCAGAAAAUGGGAAUCAGAAUAAAAUAAAAAGGUCUAUUUCGUUGCCAAUCAAGAAAACAAAAACGAAACCAAAGAAUGAUAUAACACUCUCAAUUAAAAGAAAUAAACAUGAUUUUGAAUUUUUUACAGUUAAGUUUGACUAUAUUCCAAAGGAUUUAGAUGAAUCUAACGAUGAUAAUAAGAAAGAAGAAUAUCAACACUUGAAAGUGGUAAGGAAUGAACUGGUACAGUUCAUAUCUCUACAGAAAGAUGGCCUUUGUUUAGUAAAAUCUAUCAGUUCAAUAGGAAUGGGCCUGGUACCUUUUCAUUAUUUAGUACCAACAGAACAGGUCAAAGAUAUAUGUUCAGAUGAAGUGAAAUUGGAAAAGGCGAAGUCACAAAUAGCACCGUUACCACCAACUACACCAUCCACCAUUAACUCAAAAUCGUUCUAUCUGGCUUCAAUUUCCAGAUCUGUAAGUAAGUCUAUUCCAAUCCCAUUGACAACGGAUGCAGAUAUAUAUUUGAACUCUAUUGAAUCCUGUGAAAUAUUAAAAAUCGAAAUAGUGAAUAAUAGGUUGCUGUACACUAUUUUUUUAAGAGAUGUUAUGAAAAAGAAGUUUAUCACUAAAAGAUACUAUGAAAGUUUCUACAAUUUACUCUCAAAAAUAAUAAAAUAUUCAAAGGGAGAAGUAUCCUUACCAUCAUUACCAAUACCAUUUUCCUGUAGAAAUGAUAUGCCUUCUCAAUAUAUACCCACUGAUGAAAGAUUACCUGCAAUGAAUAAUUUCUUAGCUGAUCUAGUUAGCUCUAUAAAAGAAUCUUCAUCACCACAUUUACACCAAAUUUUACAUCUUUGGCUUCUAAAGGACGAAAUUGAUCUAGUUAACAGUGUCACUAUUGACAUUAAAGUAGUUCAUGGUACUAAGUCCUAUGAAUUCAAGUGUAACGAAAAUGAUAUCGACAGGUUGGAAAAGCUUAAAGAAGUAGUUAAGCUUAAAAUAAACAAGUUAUCCGACAAUUAUAAACUUAAAGCGAAGUUGGAUGGUUGGUAUAUAGUACACCUUUCUGAUGAAGAUACUUAUCGUAGUGUAUUCGGUAGAACAUGGCAAUCUAAAGAAUUGGAUCUAGAAAUUUUGUAA